UUGUGGCCUCCUGUUCUAACAUCUCCUUAAAAGCUUGAUCUUAUUGGACUGCUUAACGAGACAUAUCUGGAAGUUUUCUUAAUUUUCUGAUUAGUUGUUCUAGACAAGACAUAGCUGGAUGUCUUGUUUUUUCUUUCUAAUGCUUGCUCUUGAAAUUUAUCAUCUAGAAUGCAAUUUUCUGAUCUUGUUUGAGACAAUUCCGAGACAGAACAUGAUCUUGAGACUUUAAUGAUCCACUUUCCAACAUGAUUGUGUUUUCUUCAGACAGGUGCUCUGUUAAAUAAUGCCAAUGCCACACCAGGGUUGGCUGCAAUUGAGGAAAGGUUUCCUUUCUCUGAACUUCACAAAAAGGAACGCCCCGAUCAGGAAAACAAAGAUGGUAGUGAAACGGAGGAUGAUGAAGAUGACGACGAUGACGAUGAUGCAAAUGAUCAGGAUGACGACGACGACGACGAAGAUUUUUCCGGAGGUGAAGAAGGGGAUGAUGGUGAUCCAGAGGAUGAUCCUGAAGCAAAUGGCGACGGAAGAGCUGGAGGUGAUGAGGAAGAUGAUGAUGAGGACGACGACAAUGGAGAGGACGAGGACGACGAUGAGGACGAGGAAGAAGACGAGGAGGAGGAAGACGAGGAGGAGGAAACACCUCAGCCACCAGCUAAGAAGAGGAAGUGAGAAUAUUGAUUGGCCCUCCACGUCAUCGAGUUUCGAGCAGCGAGGGAAGUUUAGCUAGUGUAAGCCUUUGGUUUAGGGGUAGAAACAUUGUCGGCCUUGUUGGUAAUGAACUGCGCAGCUUAUGUUUGUGAUGUUAUGGAUCCAUGUUAUAUAUAACAUUUCUUUUGGUAAACUAGUUAAGCAAAUUUCCAUUGAUAUGGCAAAA